AAAUUUUUCAAAUUUUCACUAUAUUAAUAUUCUAUUUCAAUUUGUGGUAUUAUAUUAUACUAUUAUAGUAAUAUUAUUUUGUACCAUAGUGCUCUAGGCUGUAUUUGGCAAUACCUUCAUUGUUUUAUGUUGAAAAAUUGAAAUUAUUUCAAAAUGUCCAAUAGUGAAAUUCAGGACAAUAUUCUAUUUGAACUUCUGAAGGAAUGUAAGACGCUACCAAAUUUCUUGGAUCAAAUUUUUGGAUUCUUACAAAGAAGAACGGAUUUUUAUCACGUCGCCAAUGAACUUGAUGCUGUUGUUGGUUUACCUGAAGGGUUAGCCGAAAAGUUGGUGAGGUACUCAUUCUACAAAUGGAAACCUCAAAUUCAGAAGAAAGAAUAUUCUGAAAUAGAUAUCCCUAUUGCUGAGGAAGAAAUUAUUGUGCCUGAAAUUGAACAUAGUGAACCCACUGUCAGUGAAGUUGUUGGUGCUACAAAGAAAGUUUGUUUGAAUCAUGAUUGCCCAUUUACAGACUCUGAGAGUUAUAACGGAAGCAAGUUUGACAACUAUUGUUGGUCACAGACAAUUGCAGAGAUAGAUUUAAUCAUAAAAAUACCAGACAAAAUAUCAAGAAAAGAUUUGUUGGUAACAAUCCAUCCAUGUACAAUAUCUUUGAAAACAAGACAAGAUGGUUUAAUUUUUGAUGGUGAAUUGUUUCAAAAAUGUAAAGCAAAUGAAGCAGUAUGGUCCAUUGAUGAUAAUAAAUUACUAAUACAUCUGGAGAAAUGUCAGGAAAUUUGGUGGAAAUGUUUGGUUAAGGGCGAGAAAGAAUUAGACAUUUCAAAAAUAGAUUGUUCCAGGCCAUAUGAUGAAUUACCAGAAGAAGCACAAUCGAAAAUAGAAGAACUACAGUGGAAUCAAGAGAGAAAGAAGUUAGGGUUACCAACUUCAGAAGAAUUAGCACUUAAUGCCACACUUAAAAAAGCAUGGAAUGUAAAUGGAUCACCUUUUAGUGGUCCCUUUGAUCCAAGUACUGUGAAAUUCAGCUAAGAAUUGGUGAUACUUUACACAAAUUUUUCAU